GCAAUGGAUAUUCCCGACAUUGCUUUUAAUUAAAGUUUUCUCAAAAAGAUAGUUUUAAUAAUAAUAAUAAAAGACUAUUUUGCUCCAGUCUUAGAUUCAAGGUAAAUACAUUCGAUAUUUCAACAAAAAUAAAUAUUGAACGUAGACACAUAAUGAACAUAUAUUAUAAUCAACAAAAAAUACAUAAGUAAAACAUAAAUAAGAUUACAAAAUUAUUUGUUUCAACAUAUUCAUUGAUAUAUUACUAUUAUGUGACGUUAACAUGGCUUACUAUCUCAGCAGUUGUGAACUGGGUCUCAAUCAAACUAUAGGUUGCUAGGAGAAAUAAGUUCAUAUAACAGCUUAUAUGAACAAAAAGACAUAAUAAUAUUUCAAUUUUAUAAUUUGAAAAAGUGUUCAGCGAAUUUUUUUUAGGAGAAAAUUGUGUAUUUCUUAAAAUAGUAAUAGCAUGGUGCAUUUAGGUCAACUGAAUAUUUCAUUAUUUAUUGCUAUUAUCAGAAGUUACUGAUAUUUAAAUACAUAAUAUACCUUAAACUAUUGUAUUUAAUUUAAAAACAGGUAUAUUUAAAGUUUUCAUUUUUACUCCAGGCCUCACAGUUUAAAAUUAGGAAAGAGUCUUGUAUGCAGUCCACCGUAGUAGAAGCAGAGCCAUCGCGUAGGCACUGCAAUCCUUGUAUACCCCUGCAGAGGGGCUCCCAUAAUCAAGAGGCACAAAGUUGCGAUGUAGGACAAAUGUAAACUAUCGACUGAAUGCAAAAGAGCGGGUGAGGGGGGGGGGGAGAACCAGAAAGUAGAAGUGGGUCUCCAAAAGUCAAGUGAUGGCUCCGAGUAUAAAUAAUCGUUUGAGUUCAAAAUAUGAUUUUUGAGAAUCUUUGUAUAAUUAUAUGAUUUCCUAAUUUGAUGAAACCGUAGGGUGUUCUCCUUGCCAUACUGCAACCUUUCCUUUGUCGGACCUUUUGCAAGAUUUUUUUUUUACCUUUGUAAUAAUAAGUGUUUUUUAAAAAUAAUGUUAUUAUUUAAUCAAGGUUCUAUUGCGAACCGAGGGCUUUACUUAAGCACCAUUGACAGCUGAGCAGGAAGCACGAGCCGGCUUUAAUAAACGUCAACAUUUACAUUUAGGAUGUCCAACUUUGGUGAGUUUUUAUCACAUUUAAAUUAUGAAGCGAUCUCAGUAAUAAUUACAAAAACUAAUUAAACAACAACAACAAAAAAUUGGUUACAUGUCAAUGCAGUUCAAGUGGAGGGAGGAGCUAAGGGAUUCCCACCCUGGGCGCCAAGAUCAAGGGGCGCUAAAAUCUUCAAUCGAAACACGAAAAAGAAUAUGUAUACACAGUGCUUUUUUUUGUGAAAAAAUAGGUGCCGGUACUCAGUGAUGGAUUGCCUAACUUUUAACUAUCAGUUCGCACCUCGAUGCAAGCUAAAUCACAACUGCAAAGAUACUAAAUGGCUAAAACAAUUUUAUUUUACAAUUAACCAACUUAAAUUGUGUUAUUUAUUACUUUAUUAGUAUACCGUAUACGUUUGUUAUGAUUUGUAAAAUUUAACUAACAACUUAUUUAUAAGUUAUUUUUGAUUUACUUUAAAAAAAAUUGUGUUAAUUUCUCUUGUGUUUUAUAGGGAAGAACCCCGUUAAAAAUGAAAAUGAAAUAUAAAUGUUGAAUAAAUUAUUCAUAAUAAAUUCCAAAGUUUGAUCAAGUUCUCAUCUGACGUAUACUCCCGACUGCGUUCUUUGCUGUUGGUAUCUGUGGCUGAAUGUCUGCCUCUAAGCAACCAUGAAUCAACGUAUCUUGUAGGGUCAAAACGUACGAGUGGUGGUCCAACUAAUCGCACAUCAAUCCGAGGUCUAGUACAAAUUCACUAGAAGUAAUCUUUCGCUGCAAACCUUCAUACAUGCAUUGAUCUUCUUAGUCUCUGGUUGAGUCAAGUUUUGCUUGUACAAAAACUUCACAAUCUUCCCAAACUGCUAAAACAAAACGGAAGCUGGAUGCCAUACAUCGUGUGCUUAACAUUCUUCCAAUUUUUAACAACUCAGCCUCUAACAAACGAGCACAUAUCUGCAAUAAUCUGCAAUUUUUGGGUGAAGAAUGAUAAACUACAUACAGUUUAUCAAUGAAUGCCUUAAAUCUGUUGAUCCUUGAAACUUGUUUUACAACAUCACCAACGGAGAGUUCCAGUCGGUGAUUUGCACAAUGCCAAACCAGAACCGAUGGAAACUUUUCUUUUAGCAAUAUCUUGACGCCACUUUUGCUUCCCAGCAUCACAUGCAAGAUAAACUAAGUUCCUUCUUAGAAAGUCUUCUGUUAACCCAUAGAAAUGAAGGCAGUGAAGCAAAGAAGCAAAAAUUCCAUUUGCGGUUACACUUUCGAGUUCUACCAAAUCCAAGAAUAAAUUUACUGGUGAUGUCAUUCCACAGUCUGCAAGACAAACCCGAAUAUAUACAAUUAAAGUCGAUUUUUGGCUAAGCGCAGUUGAUUCGUCGAUGAUCAAUGAAAUUUUAUUUGUUCGACCGUACAAUUUCUUGUAACAAUUUUUUCUCAUUUCACAACUAAUGUGAUUCACUACAUUUAUGCAGGCAUUGGUUGAAUGAAGAAUACGGCCCAUCUCAACUCCGUUUAGUUCUUGCAAAUCUAUUUCAGAUUCGAAAUUAUGAAACGCUUGGUUUUCUUUGGCUACUUUAUAUGCUGUACGAAAAAUCUUUGUGGUUACGAUUUUCUCACGAGUUAAUAAUGCCUUUAACAACACGUUCUCAAUAGGUGUUGCCUCGGCUUCUUUUAGGAUCUUAGGCGCAGCUUUGUGUGCCGCAGUUUAUUUAUGAUCGAAUAAUUUCUUUCUUAAAGACAUAAGCUGUUGUUGUCGAUUAGUACCGAAGUAAGUUAUUUUAUUGUCGGCUCAUUCGUUCGAUACCUUCAUUCCCAUCUCUGCCUCGACUCCGAGAUUGCCAACUUUUCGGCAAGGGAUACAACCAAGUUUUUUUUUAUUAUGGAUAGAUAGCCAAUCAUAUUUCACAAGGAAAUAAUUUCUUUGAUCUAAAGUCCAGCAGGUAUGCCAAUCAGCAUCUGCAGGCUGUAGUUGUUCAAAGUAACAGAGGAACCAAUGAUGAUAUCUGACGGCUUUGGUUCCGAUAGUUCCAUUAGGGUUUCUUCUGUGACAUUGGAUUCCACCGUUAUUUCUUCAGUCAGUCUGGUUUUCUUACUUACCAGCAGAGUCCCAGUCGGAACAUCGAUUGAAUGCGAAAAGAAAUCAGAAAUUUUCUUCAUUUCCAAAGUGGGCUAAGAAAUAAUUAUUACUUAAAUUAUCAAUUUCUAGCUGCGCUCGUUUUAAUUUCUUUAAAUCUAAAUUAUUAAAUUCAAAUUUUGAAAUUUUAAAGGCAUUACGUCUUAAAAAACAACCAUGACCGGAAAUAGGUUAAUAACCAAUGACGUAACAUUACGAGUUUGUGCGGAAAGCGGUUUCGCAUUUUAUAUUUUAAUUCUUAUUGCGCGCAAGCUUAAAAUAAAUCAAUUUUAACAAAUUAAUAAUAUAAUAAAUUAAUAAUAAACUUUAAAAUAUAAGAAAAGUAAUAAUUUUUUCCCCACAUUCAAAAAGGUGCCGGUACGCCGUACCGGUGCAUACCGGCACAAAAAAAGUAACGUGUGGGCAUAAUUAUUCUUUUAUUAAAGAAACGGGGUAGAAAAUAGAAUCGGCCAUUUUCCAGACAUUGCCUCCAGGCGCAAAUUCUUUUCUUUAGCACCGUCCUGAACUUGUCUAAUAAAUAACUUCUGGCUCUGUAAAAUAAUUUAAUUAGACAUCUAGGAAUUCCCUAAGUCUUUAAAAAUGGUGUCUAAUCAUUGCAAAAAUUGAAUAUAGCUUUGAUUUACCUUAAAUAUGCAUACAAAUAGGCUACUAAGACUUGCUAUAUUGUAUACCUACACUAAGGAAACUAAGACUGGCAAUAUCGUAUGCCAUGCCUACAAUAAGGAAUUUUAGACUGGUUAAAUUGUUGCAUGCAGUGGCUAGGGAUGAUGUCACCCGGUGAGGUAAACUCAUGGUGUCAAACCCGCCACACCCCCCCCCCCCCCCAGGGCCUUCCACGAUGGAUUUAUUCUUGUUAAAACAAAUCCAACAAUUGUAAAAAUGACAAGAACAAAAACAAAUUAAUAUAGGGUCAGGAGGAAAAUCUAUUUAAGAACUGUAGCAUGCACACAGAAUCACCGAAACACAUCGUAUUUGAUAUCAAAGCUUUUCGUCACGAAAGUUACCGAACAUUUCAAUCUGCGUUGAAUCUUGGUCAAAACGAAGUUUUUCUCACCAAGUAAUUGGUUCACCUCAUUUCUGACGCAUCAACCUUGAACUUUUAAUAAAGCAUGCAUUUGGAUUGUUUACAUGUGGGGGAUUAUCCUUUUAUGAAAUAAGGUUAGACCGCGCAGUGUAUGCUUUAUAAAUUUGCAAUUUUUCAAGUUGGUGUCAGCCCCUGAAAAGGUGUCAUCCGGUGCAGUCCGCACACCCGCCCUCCUAGCUACGCCACUGAUUAUAUGCCUACACUAAGGGAGCUAAGACAUAUCAUAUUGCAUUUGCAUGCUUAAAAAAGGGAACUAGGACUGGCUAUAUUGUAAAAUGUCACACAGCAAACCUAAAUUUAAGAUACGUUUCCUAAAUAAAUUUUUCUUUUUUUUUUGUGUAAUGUGUUGCUUAAAUUACCAUUUUGAUAAUUAUGUUAAUUUUUCGGAAGAUUUUGACCCCCAGCCUAAUCUCAAUAUGAAGUUAAAUCUAUACUAUAUCAUUGUCUACCAACGUGAGGGACCUUUCCGCAUCUUCGACACUAGAAAUAAGUAGAAAAAAAUGCAAAUUGAUUCAAAGGAAGUAAAAACUAAUAGGAAGGGUUCCUAAUUGUGUAUCUUUGUUUCAGAGGCGGACAUUGAAGGAUCUGAAACGGCAGUACUUUUCCCUGGGGAAGGUCAAACAGUUAAAAAGAAGGUUGACAUUGCAGAUGUCAAUGGAACAGAUUACACGGUUGCUGAGGUAUUUGAAAAAGCAAUAUUUUAUAGCAAUUUAGAUUGGAAAUAAUUAAUCAUUUAUUGCUAUUUACAAUUAUUGACACAGACAUCACAUUUUUUUGACAAAACUAAUUAAUUCAAAUGAUGAACUUGUUAUUUGGCGAAAUGAUAUUCAAUAAAAUGAUAACAGAGAACACCUUUACAACUUAUUUGGCAACAUAUGAUCUAACUAAUUAUAUGAACUUUCAAUGUUUGUUUAAAAAUAAAGAGAGUUCCCUUCUCUGAAUUGAGAUUUCUAUUAUUUGUUAUAAUUUCAUGCUACGAAGCUUUAACAUUUAAAAACGUAAAGACUGCACAAAAAUUUCCUAAAUUUGUUAGCAAGUCCAUAAAUAUUUAGGGAUAGGUCUGCAAUUCGGAAGGUUCACCUUUUUGCCCCGUCAUUCAAUAUUCAGCAUAAAGACUUCCUUUGUGCAAUCAAAAAAUAUAGUUAACGGUGCAUUUAAGUCUUGUCAGGUUUCAACAGUACAAUUGAUAAUUUUUGUUUUUUAAGUUGAAGUCUUAUCCAUUCUCCAUUUCGUUUUUGUUUGCACUCAUAAGAGGCGGCGUAGAUACAAUUGUUCCUUUAUUUAAUUUGCAUGAAAACUCUUAACGUAGUCAUUCUUAACGUACGAUAUUUAGUAUCUGUACAUUUUUUAGUUUAAGUUUUGUAAAGUAUUACAGUAGAUCUUCGAUUUUCCGAACUCCUAUUACUGCAAAGGUUUUUAACCUGUGGCGCCUGCACUUCCUGGGGGGAGGCAGUGUCAUAGGGUGCGAAUCAGGUUUAUUUGCAUUAUUAUUUGCAUGCAUUUUCUUUAUAAUGAUGCAGCAGAAAAUAUGUUUGGGGUAGGGGAGGGGGGGGGGGGGAAAUGUUUAUAAUCCUUUUAUUAAAUUUUUUUUAUUCACUUCAUUUUUUUAAAAAAAAAAAAAAAACACCCGAAAUUCUUUUGUUCUAUCUCGUUUUGUAAGGAUUCGUAUGGGUUCAUGUUCCCCACAAAUUGUUAUUGUCGUUCGGUCUUAAAAAAGAUCUUGGUAUGUUUGUGUAAAGCAGUGUUUCACAACCUUUUUGUGCCAUGCCCCACCAAAGACCUUUCUUAUAUUCUUAUCCCUUUCAUGUAUCAUAUCUAUAAUUUUUAAUAUUAAAAAGAGGGCAGCUCACUGAAAAAACUUCAAUGAUUUUUACAAUACUUUUAAUGAACGCUUAUUUUAAAUUGAGACUUAUACGAUUCCCCUUGUAAAAUAUAAGUUAAAACAUAGUGUACGGUUGGUUUUCAAAAUCUAGACGGCUCAUUUUUCGAAUUGCCCCCUUAAACAAUUAAAUUCCCCCCCCCCCUUGUGUGGCGUGGGCCCCACGUUGGAAAACAAGGGUUUAAAGGGACACCGAUUUUUUAUUUACAUUUAGUAAAGCACAGGAUACUAUUUCUGUAGGAACGCAUGGGAAUAACCUUCAUGUACUUCUUUUGCUAAGAAAUAUAUACAUGUUGUUUUCAAGAAGGUGGAAUCUUGGGUGAGUUCCCCCAUUUUUCUCCAAGAACAUGACUAUUGGCAAAUAUUGUCAAAAGCAAAAAGUUAUUCGUUUUUUUUCGAUUUAGUUUUACAAUACCUUGUUUUCCAUACCAAAUAUUUAAUUUAAAAGGGGCGAUACGGAUAACAGAUGUUUCAAAUGAUCAAAGUUCGGAAAAUCGACGCGUCGACUGUCAUUGUUCCCAUACAAGACUAAUUUACAAAACAAAACCUUAACAUUGUGUAGAUGUUAAAUAACUAACAGAAAGUUCAUCUACACUGAGAGUUUUUUUUUAUACAAAAUAUAUGAAGGUACAAUAUCUUACAAUCAUGCCGCCUGCAGGAGGUUCAAAGUCAUCAUUUAAAAUAAUUCAAUUAAGCAGAGUAUAUCAGCGGUUGUAAUGGUCAAGAAUUAAUAGUAGGUGAUUGUAAACAUAAUAUGUUACCAAAACAAUUUAGAAUAUGAUUUUUGCCCAAACUAGUUGAAUAUAACACGUUUCAGUUAACCAAAAAAGACUGACGCGUAGGUGGGGAUGCAUCCAACAUUGAUGGUUCAAUCAGUGGCGUAGCAAGGUGGGUGCCUGGGGUGCGGACCACACCCGUGUGACACCAACCCUAGCUACGCCACUGGGUUCUAUAUUGUAAAUAAAAUAAAUAAAGUAACUUUAAUUGUUAUAUUAGGGGUUUGUUUCAGCGUUUGAGAGCGAUGGUUUUAACAGUAAUCAUUUCCUUUGUUUUAUUGUAAAUAAACCGCGCCUAAAGCUCGUGAACCUACUGCUUGCAUACAGCCACCGCUAUAUUAUAUAAUGAUAUCGUCAUUUUAACAGGUCAAGAGACAGCUGUUGGCACCAAGGGGUAUUGCAAAUCCUGGAGAUUACACGAUGAUUGGGUAUGAUUCUACCAAUGGAAGAGAGAGUUUUCGGGACGACGCAAAAAUGGUAGACUAUAAGGACAAAUAUUUGACAUCAUCAACAAGCUAUUUGACUUUUGAUCUUAAGGAUGUUUAGAAAGAGAAAUUUUACUAAGCAGCAGACCUAGGACAUCUUGAAUGAAAGAAAAAUAAAUUGGAUUAUUAAAAAAGAUAAUAUUGAAUUUAAAAAAAAAUAUUUUAAAAAUAUUUAUGGUCAUACAGUAAUUUGGAUGUUUUAAAAUAAAACUAAAUUAUAAUUUUAUUAUUUUAACUUACCAUUAUCACCAUCACCGUGCUGAAAUAACUUCAUAUAAGUCUUCCACAGCUUUAAUCUACACAGCAAAGUGACUUUAAUUCAGUCCACACUCUUAUCGUUGAGACACCGAAAAAAACAACAUUAACAAAUAUUUAAAAAUAGGGUAUUUACAGAUUGAAUUUUUUUUACGAUAGACAAUAAAGAAACAAUUUUGAGGAUAAUGUAUACAUUGCAGUGAAUUUUAAAGAACUUUCAGAAAAUAUCAUCUUGUAAUGACAUUUUUUUUAUUGUUUAAACUUUUCUUUCAAAGUAUAUUUUAAAAAUUGAUUAACUGAGAAAUUUUACUGAACGAAAUAAUUUUUAGUUAUUUGAGUUGUCAACAUAAUUUUUUAAAAAAUAAAUAGAACACAAGAUACUGAAAAAUACGUGAAUAUUUCAUUAUUUAUAAAUUACGAUGUAGAAUUAAUAAAUUAAACACCCAUAAUUGCUGGAUACAAUAAUAAUAUUUUAAAGCCUUAAUUAAACAAAAGAUGAGAAAAGAAUCAACAAUAAAACUGCACAAGAUAUCAUCUGAAAUAAUGCUUGCUAUUCAUAGGCAAACAUAUUUUCUUAAUGGACUUUCAUGUUUUUUAGAUUUACUUGCAUCAAUUUUUCUUGAAAUACUAAAUUCUUUUUCGCAUUCAUCAAGAUGCGAAAACUGUUAAUACAUUUAAACAGUACUAACACACAUUAAUAAACAAAUUUACUGAAAUUAUCAACAUGGAAAAUGAUGAAGUGAUCUAUUUUUAGAUGGAUUAAAUUAAAAUUUUGUCCAUAGAAGUACAAUAUAUUCAUUUUUGUCAAAAAAUAAUUGGACAUUAAAUAAUAUUAUAAAUUUUUAUUGUUCAUUCUAUCUCAUAUAUUGCCACUGUUAAAUAUUGUGUGCAUGAAUAUGUUAUUGUUAUAAAAAAAUAAAUAAAUUCUCUCCAGUCUUUAUGUAGAUGUUCUGAGGCGAGUCCAAUUUAGGCCCAGCCUAAGUGCCACUGAAGAGCACAAUUCCAUCUCCACGCAAACGUUUGUUGUUUUGGCUACAAAAUUAUACGAAAUGCAAUUUAUAUCUGACAUAUCGCCUUUUAAUUGUCCUCGAACAAAUGGGAUGUCAUUGUAUCCAUUACAGACGGUUUUGAACAUUUGGAUAAACUUAAUUAUUCCAAGCAACUUUAAUGUCAAACCAGUAAAAGUCUCUAUUUCAAAUAAGAUAUUAUCGUUCGAAAUGUGAAAUCAAACAACCCCUAAUAACAAAGUUUUUCGUAUAAAUCCUUUACAAAAUGUAUUAUCUAGCAAUGAGGUUGGGGUGGGGGAAGGAGGAGCUGACCAUUUGACAGAACAUGCAUACAAGUGACACACUUUAUAAGAAUCCCAAUUAGUGCUCCCAAGCGCACUUUUUUUCAAGCACAUGAACUCUAUAAAUUUUCUAAUGACCCAACCUAUGUUACAACUCAAGUUUUUAUUUCACCAACUGUUUCAGAAAAACAAAAGAAAAUAUUACGCACCAUAAGCAAUGCAAUCUUUUUUUAAAAAAAGAAUCUAAUUUAGCGUAAUAGUCGUACAUUUUAUUUGGUAAAAUCAGCGUCAUCCUAUUUCAUUUAACUUAAAUUUGAAAGAAUUUGUUGUCAUCGGUAACGAGUCUCUUUGUCGAAUUUCAGCUCGAUAGAUUGACGGAAUGAGUCAAUUAUCGUCCAAAAAUUUGCCAGGGAGCCAGCCAGACACGAACAGAAACAAAGUUAAUAAAGGAUUGAAAAAAAUAAAUAAAUCUUGUAAUUUUAGCUUACCCAAAAUUAAUAUUUUUACAUGAUUAUCGUAAACCGACCACCGACCCGUUGAAUAUGUAAACCCAAUAUUAUGCUCCUAGCGAACUCCCUUAGUAUUCCACUUUUGUCUUCGCCGAGUUUAUAUUCAGCUCUGCGUCGUUUUGACACAUUUAGCCACCUCGCUUCUCUUUCUGUGUAGUGGUUCUUGUGACGUCACCUGUCUACUUUCUGUGGGUCUCUCGAAGCAUACUAGAAGGACUGAGAAUACUAUUUGAACCUCUAGAUUGGAACCUUUCUGUCCUCGGAUAGAAAAUAUAUGACGGAAGACCUUUCAGAAUUCUUACAGACUGAUUGUGUGUGUGUGGCUACUUAUUUUAAUAAGAAAUGUUCCAUCGUCUGUGCAUUUGUAAACUAAAGUAAAUGUGCUUAUAACUAUAACACAUGUUUUUGUAGCUCUUAACUAAUUGAUUUUUUUGUAGUUCCAUUGAAAAAU